CCCGAUAAUAAAAUGGCGGGAAAAUCAUACACAUUAAUAACCUCACCUCUCUAAAUCCGCAACCGCAACCGCACCCUUGCCGGAGCAUCGUUGUCAGUGGCGAAAAUUUUCGAAAGAUGAACGACAACGAGAAUUGGGAAGAGGAAGAAGAAGAAGAAGAGGAUUUAGAAUUCUCAAGAAACUAUUUUCUAGCAAAGGAAUUAACAUCUUCAGUGAAGAAAUCGAAACACAAGAUUACCGAUAUUGAUGUUGUUGAUGAACAGGAACUUAGGGAAGCUUCGUUGCAUAUUCAACCGAAACAUGAAAAAGAAAUUGCGGUUUUAAUUGAUUCGUAUGCUGCUGUUUAUCCUGAAUGGCUUCUCUCCCUGAGAUGUGGCUUUGCCCUUCUGAUGUAUGGCUUUGGAUCUAAGAAGGCUUUGAUUGAAGACUUUGCUUCGAAGACAUUGACCGAAUAUUCUGUAGUUGUCAUUAAUGGGUAUCUUCAGACCAUUAACUUAAAACAGGUUCUGAUAGCUUUGGCUGAACUUCUAUGUGAUCAAGUGAAAGCUAAACGCAAGGUUUCCGGCCGGCAGCCAUCCAGUACUCAAUCUAUAGAAGAUCUUCUUACAUUGUUGUAUGAAGUGGAAGUAGAGGACAGCGAUUCUUUCGUUUGUGUAGUAAUUCACAAUAUUGAUGGACCAGGAUUAAGGGACUCUGAAACCCAACAAUAUCUCGCUCGUCUGGCCUCUUGUACCCAUAUUCGUAUUGUUGCCUCCAUUGACCAUGUCAAUGCUCCCCUUUUUUGGGACAAGAAUAUGGCUCACACACAGUUCAAUUGGUGCUGGCAUCAUGUUCCUACAUUUUCCCCAUACAAGAUUGAAGGCAUGUUUUAUCCUCUGAUUCUUGCACACGGCAGUGCCAGCCAAAGUGUCAAAACAGCUGCAAUAGUUUUGCAAAGUUUGACACCCAAUGCCCAGAGUGUAUUCAAAGUUCUUGCUGAAUAUCAAAUUUCUCAUCCUGAUGAAGGAAUGCCAAUCAGUGAUCUCUACUCAGUCUGCCGUGAACGUUUCCUUGUUAGCAGCCAGGUUACCCUGAAUUCUCAUUUGACGGAAUUUAAAGACCACGAGCUGGUCAAGACCAAGAGGCAUUCGGACGGUCAAGAUUGCUUGCACAUCCCUCUGACAACGGAAGCACUUCAAAAAGUUCUACUCGAGAUCAGUUAGUAAUGGGAAUUAUGAAUUAUGAUUCCAAUGAAAACGUACUGGGGCAAACUAAUUAGUUUAUAGUCAGUUUCCAAAAUUGUAUGAUAGGCAUAUUCAGAUAUUGAAUGGAAUUCAAAUUAUCUGAAGCUCAUUCCUGACAGGAGACUAAAUAUUUGUAUUUUCAGGCUUGUUUUAUGAAGAAAAUUUUAGUCAUUUCGAUCAGUUUUUGUUGUUGCUCUGAGAAAAUGUUUUGACCAUUUCUGAUUUGUUAAAGAUGCGACUGAACCAGCUGCUACGUCGUC